AUGGUGAAAUAUCUUGUUGAGAAGGGCGCUAAUGUAAAUGCCAAGGAUACUCACAGGGGGACAGUGCUGCUCUCUGCUGUUUAUAAAGGUACGCUAGAAAUGGUGAAAUAUCUUGUCGAGAAGGGCGCUGAUGUAAAUGCCAAGGAUAUUUUCAGGGAGACAGGCGCUGAUGUAAAUGGAAAAGAGUACGACGCAUGGACAGUGUUGCACAGUGUUGUUGUAAAAGAUUCGCUAGAAAUGGUAGAAUAUCUUGUCGAGAAGGGCGCUGAUGUAAAUACCAAGAAUAUUCACGGGGAGACAGUCCUGCAAUCUGCUGUUUCUAAAGGCGGAUUGACAGUACUGCACAGUGCUGUGGGAGAAGGUUCACUAGAAAUGAUAGAAUAUCUUGUUGAGAAUGGCGCUGAUGUAAAUGCCAAGAAUACUCACGGGAAGACGGCGCUGCACUCUGCUGUUUCUGAGGGUAGGCUAGAAAUGGUAGAAUAUCUUUUUCAAAUGCGGGCUGAUGUAAAUGGCAAGGAUAAUGACGGGGAGACAGUGAUGCACACAGCUGUUACUGAAGGUAACUUAGAAAUGGUAAAAUAUCUUGUUGAGAAGGGCGCUGACGUAAAUGCCCAGGAUAAUGACGGGAAGACAGUUCUGCACUCGGCUAUUACCGAAGGUACCUUAGAAAUGGUAAAAUAUCUUGUUCAGAAGGGCGCUGAUGUAAAUGCCAAGAAUACUCACGGGGAGACAGUACUGCACUCUGCUAUUUCUGAAGGUACUCUAGAAAUGGUGAAAUAUCUCGUUGAACAGGGCGCUGAUGUAAAUGGCCAGCGUUCUGACGGGUGGACAGUGCUGCACUCUGCUGUUUAUAAAGGCGGAUUGACAGUACUGCACAGUGCUGUGGGAGAAGGUUCACUAGAAAUGAUAGAAUAUCUUGUUGAGAAUGGCGCUGAUGUAAAUGCCAAGAAUACUCACGGGAAGACGGCGCUGCACUCUGCUGUUUCUGAGGGUACGCUAGAUAUGGUGAAAUAUCUUGUGGGAAAUGGCGCUGAUGUAAAUGCCAAGAAUACUCACGGGGAGACAGUACUGCACUUUGCUAUUUCUGAAGGUACUCUAGAAAUGGUGAAAUAUCUCGUUGAACAGGGCGCUGAUGAGACUAACGGGAAAACAGUGCAAACAGUGCUGCACCUUGCUGUUAAUCGAGGUAGGCUAGAAAUGGUAGAAUAUCUUUUUCAAAUGCGGGCUGAUGUAAAUGGCAAGGAUAAUGACGGUGAGACAGUGCUGCACACUGCUGUUACUGAAGGUAACUUAGAAAUGGUAAAAUAUCUUGUCGAGAACGGCGCUGAUGUAAAUGCCAAGGAUAAUGACGGGGAGACAGUGUUGCACUCUGCUGUUUUUGAAGGUAAGCUAGACAUGGUGAAAUAUCUUGUGGGAAAUGGCGCUGAUGUAAAUGGAAAAAAGAAUAGCGGAUGGACGGUGUUGCACAGAGCUGUUGUAAAAGGUUCGCUAGAAAUCUUAGAAUAUCUUGUCGAGAACGGUGCUGAUGUAAAUGCCAAUGAUACUAACGGAGGGACAGUCUUGCACCAUGCUUUUCGUGUUGGUGAUUUAGUAACUGUCAAGUAUUUAGUUGAACAGGGUGCUGAUGUUGGCACCGCUGCCUUUGCACUCCUCCAAAUAGCUGUUGAAAACAACUUCGUCGCCUUGGUCAAUCUUCUUUAUGAGAAAGACAACGCGAUGUGGAGAGAGCAAACGAUCAUUGUUAAAGGGCGAGAAAUAAAUCUUCUUGAAUGGAGCAUUCACCUUGGGCAUGAUGAAAUUACAAAUAUCCUUAACAAGUCCAUAAAACAUCGUGAGAAAAUUAAGAAGUUGAAAACUACGAACUGUAACCAGUUAGAAGAGGCUUUUGUCGCCGACAAGCAAUUCAGAAUUAGCGAUGGUGGAUAUUCAAAUGUCUAUGUUGGUCUCAUGAAGGAUGGGACUGAAGUUGCUGUUAAGAAAAUGCUGGUUCAAACAGAUCUAAAACCAUCAAACGUCCUGGUUGAUAUCGAGGGUCGCAUGAAAUUGGCAGAUUUUGGAUUAAGCCGCGUUCUAAAAGAGGAUGAAACGACGGUUAAAACAGAUGUUAAAGGCACUUACGGAUGGAUGCCAACAGAAGUAAUUGAAGCAAUAGACACAAAAGAAAAAAGUCGUUUCAAAAGAAAAUCGGAUGUCCAGGUAGCGGGUAUGAUUGCUUUCUUCAUCUUAACAAAAGGUGAACACCCUUUUGGAUCUUCGUUAGAUCGAAUGAGAAAUAUUUUAAAAGGAAACCCUGUGAAUUUGAAGAAACUUGGUGAUCGUAAAGCUCGAAAGUUUGUGUCUUGGCUGAUUAGUCACAAGAUUGAUAAGAGACCUUUUGCUGAGGAAGCGCUGUGGGACUCUUUCAUUAAUAAAGAUUGA